UGUGAAAGUGAGGAAAGCUGCAGGGGAAGUUGUAGGUGGUGCCGGAAUAUGCACUGCAAAAGCAUCGUACUAGUAUAUAUAAAUGGCAUGACAAAUUCCCUCAGUAUGUUAUGAGAAAUGAAAUUUGUAAUGCGGAUUUAACUUGACAGAAAAAUUUGUUUGUAAUGCAAAAAUGCGAUUAGUACGAGUACGAUACUUUUGCAGUGCAUACGGAACUACAAAUCCUCAGCCUCCUGCUGACGCAGGUGACGAGGGAGAGAUAUGUGACGACGAUGAAGAUAUUAAUGCUGAAUUUCAAGCUGAAGGGCCGAUAGAAGUAGACGCGAACGGUGCAGAAGCAGCCCGACGACUACCACAACAGGAAAUUCGGUACGACGGAUCAUCUACAUCUUCUGUGGAGAGUGGCGACGCCAGCGUUUUGGAUGGUAGUGGUGCAGGUACAGCCCGUUCGGGAAGUCACAACUCUUUCAUGGCCGGAGCUCACUUGAGCCCUCUGCAGGAACUUUCGUCGACGUUCACUUCCACUUCAGAACUUUUUCAUCCUGAUGCGGAGGGACCGCAGCUGCCACACAAGAACCCUGUUGUAAGUGCACCAGUUGGGGCGCCCCAUGCGGAGGAUCAUGGGAGCGAAGAUCUCCCUGAGAUUGAUGAUGAAUCUCCGGAUCAUAUAAAACCCGACUUUGUCGAAGACCCGAACAGGCUGAUGAAUCACGACAGCUACCUGACAUUCGUCCAAAUCACGGCAAUCCAGUCCGACAAGCAUCAAACACACGGUGCAGCA